CAAGUGGAGCUGUAAUACAACUUUUGCUUCUUCGCCCAACCUUCUUUUUUAUUUGUCAUUCCUUCCUCCUCAUUCGCUUCGAAUCGAAUUACAUUCUUCUGAUUCACAAUGGUCAACAACACAAGUACCACCAAGGUCCUUUUUGUAUGCCUUGGCAACAUUUGUCGCUCCACAAUGGCUGAGGCUGUUUUUAACCAUGCUCUGGAAAAGAGAGGCAUCGCUGCUGAAUUUGAGGUCGAUAGUGCAGGCACAGCAUCAUACCACAUUGGAUCCAACCCCGAUAGUAGAUCGAUGGAAACAUGCCGGAAGAAUGGUGUCUCCAUGAAUCACAGGGCUCGGCAGGUCUGUCGUGAAGACUUUACAAAGUUUGACUAUAUCCUUUGUAUGGAUGAGGAGAAUCUAAGAGACCUGAAGGAAAUGGCUCCCAAGGGUCAUACUGCAACUAUCAAAAUGUUUGGAACGUAUGAUCCAAAGGGCGAUCGUAUUAUCAAGGACCCUUAUUAUGGUCCACAGGGAGGCUUUGACCGAAACUUUGCUCAAUGCACUCGAUGCACGGAUGCAUUCCUCGAGAGCAUCGGCUACGAAUAAAUUAAACGGAUCUCGUUCCACAUCCUCUUUUUUCUUUAUUUUUAUUUUUCGUCGUUUACCAUCAUAUUCCAAUUAUUGUAUUUUUCUUUAACCAAAUGGCUAAUCGCCAAACCUUUUUACCUUUAGCUCUUUCCUAAAACCACAUAGAACUAUGCAAUAAAGUAAAUAAAAAAAAA